AUGGGACCGCUUCGGCUUGCUAAGAUUAUUUUCCGAGACAGCCCAUGUGGAUUUCAAGCCAAGUUUAAUAUUUUGCCCAUUAUUUUCUUUUCAGAUUAUAACAUAUUCGAUAGAGAAGGCAAUAAAGGCACCACAACAGACAGUACUUUGUACAUAGAACAGCUUCGUCGAGAAAAGUGCCAAAUUUCAAAUGUUUUCCUGACAAAGUUUCGUCCGAAAAAGCUCGUCAACUGUGCCGUGGUCUUAAAAGGUGUUUCCGACGAGAAUUGGCCGCGGGCAGGAAAUAAACAGGCGCGUCGUUCAGUUAGUAACAUUCCUGACGGAAAUUCAUCAGAAAAUAUCUUUUCCUACACAGAAAGUCGUUCCAUCAUCAAAAAGCGUGGGGGAAAACCUAAACCUGUUGUCCAUCCUGCUUUGGGAAUGCUAAAAGCUUUGAAGGGGCAUGUCCAGGCACUGGAGAUCCAAUCAUCUGCCUUGUUCAGUCGAUCCAGGGAAGGCAAAUUGGUUAAUUUGGUUCAAUUAAACUCAUAUGCAGAGUUGCUUGGACAUGAAGGCCAAUAUUUAAAUUUGGUGUAG